AUGGAAAUUUGGUUACCUAUAGUGGAUUCGAAUAAAUUAAUAUCUAAUCUUGGACGUAUCAAGAAUAAUAAAGAUGUGAUUUUAAAAGGAAAUAUUUGCAAAAGAAGUGGUUAUAUACGAAUUGAUUUAAGUAUUAAUAGUAUUCGUACAUCAACUGGCGUCCAUAUCCUAGUUGCACAAGCCUUCAUUUUUAAUCCAGAAAAUAAGCCUUACGUUAAUCACAUUAAUGGCAUCAAACAUGAUAAUCGAGCUAAUGCAGAACGUAAAAUAUUUCCGAAUAUUGGUCGUGGUAGCUCUAGACAUAUCGUGCAGAAAACAUUGGAUGGGAAUGUAGUUCAAAUUUGGAAUUCAAUCUCUCUUGCGGGUAAAAUGCUUAAAAUCGCAGGAAAUAGCAUUUCAGAAUGUUGUAAUAGAAAGCGAAAUACUGCUGGUGGUUGGCGUUGGAUGUAUUACGAAGAUUAUAUUGAACCAGACCUCAAUGAAGAAUGGGAAGAAAUAGAAGUUAAUUCACAAAAAUUUAAAGUUUCAUCCUUAGGCAGAGUUCAGUUACUGAAUGGUGUGAUCACUCAAGGAUCUUUGUAUGCAGGCUAUUACCGAAUUGGCCGUAUUCACAAAUAUCGUGUUCAUCGUUUAGUGGCGCUAGCAUUCUGCCCUAAAGAAGAGGGCAAAAAAUUUGUGAACCACAUUGACGGUGAUUCCACCAACAACAAAGCGUCUAAUCUUGAAUGGUGUACACCAAGAGACAAUAUACAACAUGCGGUGCGUCUCAGACCUCAUGAUGGUUGGAUGCGUCAACGUGCUGUCAAACAGAUUUUUGAUAAUGGAUCUUUCCAAGAAUUUCCAUCUUUAACUGAAGCACAAC